AUGGAGGAGCUUGAGAAUCACGCCUUGAAGAUCCUGGUGGUUGGAGACUCGGGGGUGGGAAAGACCAACAUUGUGGGCCGGUUUCUACACAACACGUACAAUCCUCACGCCAACUCGACAACCCAUGCCCAGCAACACAUUCACACACUCAAUAUCGGCCGAAGAAAAGUCACGGCGCAAGUCUGGGACACUCCCGGAGGCGAAGAACACAUGGGAACCAUGUCUGGGCUCUAUGAAGGAGCGGUGGGGGCCAUGCUCGUCUACGAUGUAACGUCGGCUCAGUCGUUUCAAAACAUCACAGAAUGGCUCGAAGAUAUGAAGGAGGAGAGAGACGACUACAUUGUGCCGAUGCUGGUGGGCAACAAGUGCGAUCUCGACAACCAAAGGGCAUUUCCGGUCUUUGAUGCCGAGUUUUUCGCCAUUCGGAAUGACAUGCUGUUCAUGGAAAUCUCGGCGCUGGAAGGAACCGACGUGGACUUUGCUUUCAAGACCCUACUCAACCACUGUUGCAGGUACAGCAGUUCGCAUUCCACGUCCACCAAGUCAUUCACCUCGUCGUCCUUCACUUCCUCGUAA